UAGGUACAUCAAAAACAAGACAUUCCAUUUAGCGAAUAAGAAAAUCGUGCAACCGGACACAAAAUAUAUUCCAUCUCAAAAAUCAAACCACAAUCUCUUAAUUGGUUUAUAACAUUGUUCAAUAAAACUAAUGUUGUUUAUAUAUAAGCUAUAGAUAUUGCUUCCACCAUUCUUCCUAUAUAGUAGCAUCUAGUAGGUAUAGCUAUAACACACAACUGCUCAUUUUUGUGAUCAGCAAAGCGCGAUCAUCAUCAGUCGAGGUCCAGCGAAUAUGAAUCGCAUCACAUCAGUAUUUCGUUUCCCGAUAAAGGCGUCAAUAUGGAAUUUCACAUGUACUUUUAUGAUUCUCUCUUUAUUGACAUCAACAUAUUCACAAUCAAUUGAUAUCGAAGAAUCCUUGAAUUCCUUUGGGAUCAGCCUACUAGGGGAGACCGUGCACCAAGCUGGAGAUUUGCUGAACGUAGCUCUCUCACCAUUCACAAUAUGGACCUUGAUGACCGUUAUAUCAGAAGGUUCGAGAGAAAAUACUGCUCGACAGUUGGAAAGUACCUUAGGAUUACCUUCGAACAAGAAUAUGCUCAGAAAUGCAUUCCAACGUCUUUCUGAUAUGUUACAGCUGAAAUCAGAUGGAGUUACUUUGGAAAUUGAUAAUGCCAUUUUCACGAAUGAUGAUUUCCCUGUGAAGAGACCUUUUCAAGAUAUUUCGAAACAAUACUAUGGGGUUACAACAAGUCCCACUGAUUUCAAGAAUCCAGCACAAGCAGCCAGUGUUAUCAAUAAAUAUGUUGCACGUGCUACAAGAAAUAGGAUAAAAGCAUUUGUGAACGCAGGCGACGUUGCGUAUGCCCAAGUCUUCAUGACAAGUAUAUUGUACUUCAAAGGCUUGUGGAACAUGCCAUUCAAUAGAAGUGCGACACGUAGGGAGUCAUUUUACGAUGAGAAAAAUAACAAAAUCGGAGACGUAGAGAUGAUGUACCAAAUCGGAACCUUCGCUUAUUCCAGAAUGGAAAAUUUGAAUUCACAUGCUGUAGAACUACCCUAUGGAGGAGAUAGGAAGAUGUCCAUGAUUGUGAUCUUGCCGUUCAAAGGCGUGAGUAUAGCAGGAGUGCUCAACUCGAUAUCGAAGAUGACAACGUUUUCUUCAAUUUUGACAACAUUAGAAAACUCUUUCCGACGAUUCUCUGAUGAGAAAGUACAUUUGUACCUUCCACGAUUCAGAGUUGAUUCCGAUUUCAAUAUGAAUAUAGUUUUGAACAAAAUCGGAAUCAAAGAUGUCUUCGAUUACGAUAGAGCAAAUCUUUUAAACAUGUUUGACCAACAGCUUUACUUGUCACGACUGAUUCAGAAAGCCCAGAUAGAAGUUGAUGAAGAAGGUACAAUAGCAACAAGUGCAGCAGGUGCUUCUUUUGAAAAUAAAUCGCCACCACCAAGAUUCAGGGCAAAUAGACCUUUCCUCUAUUUCAUUGUGGACAAACCCACAAGGACAAUGAUUUAUGCAGGAAAAAUCAGUAAUCCAAAUACUAUUAAAAAUGCUUGAAAUGGCGUGAAAGACAAAUGUUCCUAGUUCUUUCUUUUUAGAUUCAUUGAAAAAUGUUCUUCAUUUAUGGAAAUAUAAUCAUUUUCUAUAGA